AACGUGAACCAACUGCCGUUCUUUUUUCCUGUCCCGAUGGGUCGCCACAGCAUAUGGAGGCAGAAAGAAGAGGGACUUGAGGGCGGGGAAGCGAGGAGGACUCUGACCGCUGUAUGUUAAACAGAUACCCAAGGAAAGGGGGAAGACAGAGAAAAAGCAAGAUGGAUCCGGCAAUCUGGCACAAGGUGGCUGGUAUUUCCGGUGUAGCUGCUCUUGGCCUUGGGACUUACGGUGCCCACGUCUUCAAGCCCAAGAACCCUGCAUACAAAGAGGUUUGGCAUACCGCAUCCCUGUAUCAUCUGGUCCACACAGCAGCCUUGCUCGCGGCUCCUCUUACCAAGCACCCCAACCUGUUUGGUGGCCUUAUGACUGCUGGAAUCGUUCUCUUCUCGGGAACAUGUUACACAGUGGCUUUUCUUGAAGAUAGAAAAUAUUCUCAUACAGCACCUAUAGGUGGAUUUGCAUUUAUUGGAGCUUGGGCAACUCUCCUCUUUUGAGAUGAAACAGCAAAUUUCCGCAAUGUUGAUGUCAAUAAAGCUGCAGACUUCAGAAAAUAGCAAAGCUGUUGUAUGCCAACUUCGGUUGUGUUAUUCUUGUGCUUUGCACCUUGUGUACAAGAGAUAAUUUCCCAACAGCAAUCACGUUAGGACUCUUCUACCUUUCUCUC